AAAAACUGUAUACGAUUUCAGGAAUGCCAAACGGUAUACGUAUACUCUGGACUCGAGUCAAGUGAACGAUGAUAGUAACAUCGGGUCAUUGAUUUGCAACCAAAACGACAACUUGAUAACAGAUUGUGAAAUUAUCCCUAUGGCAUAUUAUUAUUAUGGACCGGGAGAAUUUGAUAAAUGUGAUGGCAACAGGGUCUUAAUUGCUUGUUCGAAAGAUGAGCCAAAAACCGACGAGAGCGUGAAUAUUAUUAUAAUUUCGACGGCCGUCACUGUCAUUUUUUUCGUUUGUGGACUUGUUGGACUGAUAUAUUGCAAGCGGAAAGGUAAACUCUGUCUUUCGCCUCGACAACAACCGGCCAAUAGAGAAAGUCCCCGGCCGAAUUUGCAGAAUGAAUUACCACCCGAGGAAGGUUUACCGAUGCCAUGUAAUACCAGAAGAGUUCAUGAUAAUGAUGGUCCGGGAAUGAGAUUUGAAAACGUUACUUAUGAUGAUCUCGGAGAUACCGAUGGCGGUAAUAUACUUUAGAUUGUAACUUUCAACAGCACAUGGGGAACAUCAGAUCUGAUGCAAAUGACCAGUUUGAUGACGACGGCUACAUGAUAAUGGUGCGGAAAGUAGAGUAGUGGUAAUUAUUCUGAAGAGAACAUGAAAUAGUUGCUGACUUAUAAAACCUGUGAAAUCGAAAGACCAUCCAUAAGGCAUAUAUUCCAUUUAUCUGCUGAAAAACCGUCGUGGAAGAAGUAAAACAUUUCAACUGUUCAAAAUAGCAUGCCUUAUAGACAUUUUGUAAGAAACAAUGAGAUGUUCGGAACACUACUAUUUUUUCCAUCGUCUGCAACCUCAGUGUUUGUACACCACGUGAUAAAUUACGUCAUAAAUGCUACUCAGUGUAAGUUCGGUCUCCAGAAUUGUGAUAACAUGCAUUGAGAACUUGUAUAAAAUGACAGAACCACCAACUUCAUUUAAAUCGUUUGAAAAUGUCCGAACUAUCAUUGACUGUUUCCCCAAAAAAGAAGUUUCUUUAGUCUUUUCCUGGUGAUUUUGCGGAGUAAGGGAAUUUGUAUUCUUUAUGCAAAAAUCAAGAAACUUAAAAUGUCUUGCGUUUCACCUUCUGGUGCUAUAACAUUUCUGUCGGAUGUGGAUAAAGGGAGUAAGAGUGACAGGGACAUGGUCAUAGCCUCACAGUGUGCAGACAUCUUAGACCUGGCGAAUUAGUAAUUGCUGAUUGGUUAUCCUUGAUUAAAGACAUCCUUCAGAAAAACAAAGUCAAAUUAAACACAUCUCUAUUUUUAAGCGGCAUGCAGAGACAUUUUGAAAUUUUAAAAAAAUACACUAUAAUGAAAUGUUUUUAGUAUUAUAUUUUUUUAUCCAUGAAUUGACAACACAUUGAUGUAUAUAUACUUAUUUGUACUUUGUUUGCAUGUAAAACACUUUACUGAAUAAA